GAAGGAACCGAGGAGUUAAGGUGAGGACUCAUAAAGAACCCACUUCGUCUUUCUAAACUCACUUAAGUUUUCGAUUACCGUUCCCUUCAAGCGGAAGUUAGCCAAGUCCGCUUUUUCUUCAUGCCCUGAUUCACUCUGGGAACUCUACCCUCUCUUUCCUUCCUCGAGCUCCUGCAUGGCGCCGGAGUCGCACAUGGACGCGGUCAAGGUGGCGAAGGUGUUGAUGGUGGGGGCGGGUGGGAUCGGAUGCGAGCUUCUCAAGACCCUUGCUCUCUCGGGCUUUGAAGACAUCCACAUCAUUGAUAUGGACACAAUUGAAGUGAGCAAUUUAAAUAGGCAAUUUUUGUUCCGGCGGUGUCAUGUGGGCCAAUCAAAGGCUAGGGUUGCUCGAGACGCUGUCCUUAAAUUUAGGCCUCAUAUAAACAUAACACCGUACCAUGCAAAUGUCAAAAAUCCGGAGUUCAAUGUUGAGUUUUUCAGGCAGUUUAGUGUGGUCCUAAAUGGACUUGAUAACCUGGAUGCCAGAAGACAUGUUAAUCGUCUAUGCUUAGCUGCGGGGGUCCCUUUAGUUGAAAGUGGAACAACUGGUUUUUUAGGGCAGGUGAUGUGA